AUCAUGGAUUGGCCCUCAAGCCUCUCUAAUCGGUUGCUCUGAUAACAGGGGGGGGGCAGUUGAUGCUGAUUCGGUUUGAUUCAACCCCGUCUCACCCCCCCAAGUCCACGUCAGUUUCAACCUGCGGCGGCCAGUAAAUUAGUCGACUUCCCUAGACAAGUGGAUAUGAUGGUCAUUUACUCCGUACUGAUCCUCCUCCUAUCCGCCGCAUACGUGUACAGCGUCGUGGUCGUGGUGGUGAUCGUGGUCGGUGUCGUCGCGUGUCAUUUGCGAUCUAGGAUCAAUCUUUCCAGCUCAGGGCUUCUUUCGUCUAUUGCCUAUGUCGGCAGAUCGAAGGGAAGGGGCUGUCGAAAGGAUUGCCGCCCGAAGAAGGAAGCGCUUGUUAGCUCCAGUUCAGGUUGGAGCGAGUCAAUGAGCGCAGCACUCAGCGCAGCACUCAGCGAACCCCCCAUACCGGGAAGAUUACCGAAGCAUAACAGACAAAACUUAUUGACUUACCCGAAUAAGGUACAGUACGUACAUGACGGAGUGGUACUCUGUAAAUUGAUAUAAUAUAUAUGCCAAUAUGGACCUCCCGUUAUGGCCGUGCUGGUUAUCACCACGUGAUUGACAUGCUUAU